UUGCAAGAUUGUAAAGCCAUGGAGACAAACAGUGGGAGAGAUAACUGCGGCCAGAAUAACAUCAAGAAUCUGGACUCUCUCAGGGAUGUCAUUAACACUCUGAAACAGCGAUGUUCAGGGUCAGUUUCCAUAGUCUUACUGCAAACCAACAAAGGAGAAGGGAAAGAGAAUCUACCACAAGACAGGAAAACCCAGAUAUCAAAAGAACCAGAAAAAGGAAGUGGCAGUUGCAAUGAGAGCACCACCCUUCAAGUAUCUCCACAAGCAGGCCUCAGGGCUAACCCCCAACAGAACCAGGAAUGUCCAAGCCAGAGGGCAGGAGAGGGAGACAAGAUUAUACAUGAACCUUCUACAGCAUCUUCCAUUUUUCAUCCAAUCUCCUUGCAGAGUGAAAACCAGGGGGAACCUCAAGCUCUUUUAGUAGGAAGAAGGAGAAGCUGUGGAAGAAAGCAAGGUAAGCUAAACACCCCCUUAGAGCACAAUAUGGCUGCAAAGAGCCAUAACUCAGCAUCUCCACAUCAUGGCAAGGUUGGUUGUUAUGGCACAAAGAUUCAGAGUGGGACUUUAGUCCCCCAUCUAAAGUCACAGUCAUUGCCACUUACCAGUGACACUGGAGUCAGUACCUCAGAGUGCCAAUCAGACAUGCUAAACGUGCUGAAGAAAUUGCAGAUUUAUAAUACCAUAAAGCGAGUAAAUGAAGACGGUUUGGAAGACCAAGACAUGCUGCAAAGCAUGAACCAUUCCAUACCACAGAACCAAAAUCCAAACUUAUCUUACAACUUAAAGUUGAGACCUCAGCAACAGCAGCCUAAAAGGCAGCGUGUGGUGAAACCCCCAAGUAAAAGGAAGGUCAUCCGCAUCACGAUGUUAGAGGAUAUUCAUGAGUCACAGAAGAUCUGCUUUGUGCUGAGGGAAGUUGCAAAGGCUUUUCAUUGCAGUGUCUACAUGGAUGAGGCAAUCCAAGACUUUUCAGGACCUGGAGGAAUAGGAAAUUAUGUAAGCCCAUAUGUAUAAUAUCCAUUGAUAAACCAGCCUCUUACAAGCACCAGACCCAGUAGGACCCGGAAUCAGUUGCUAAUCAGCUUUUGCUCUGAGGAACCAGUAGCUAAGGUGAACAUCUUGAAGGCUCCUGGCAGUUGUCCUUAUUUGGACAUAUCUUAUAUCACAGCAGUUUACUGA